AAAUGUUUUUAGAGAAAGAUGCUGAAAGGCAAAGAAAUAGACGAAAUUUGUGGUCAGAAAAAAGGAAGGAAAAAGAAAACGAGGCCUCUAAAAUUAGGAUGAAAAGAAAAAGAUUGCGUGACAAGGUUGCAAAAAAUAAUUCGACACCUAAGUGCACAAAGGAAGAAAAAACAAAGAAAGAAGCAUUGAGAAAAUAUAACCGAGAAUACCAACAGAAACGACGUGCAGCUAGAUCAGAUGUUGAAAAGAAAGAGAUAAAUGCAAAGAGAAGAGCUAAAAGAAGGGAAGAUAAGGAGAAUUUAAUCAAAUACCGUAAAAUGAUUGCGGAGCAGAAGCAAAAUGAAAGAGUGCGGCUGGAAAUGUUAGAAAGAAAAGAACAAGAAGAAAAAGAAAAUUUAAGAAAAAUAUGAGAGGAAGAAAAUCAACUUGAAGCUGUAGAAGAGGAAUUACGUCAGCAUAGUACACCACGAUCCAUGACUGCCAGAAGGAAGGCUCUCUCCCGUGCAAGGAAAAGUAUUCCAGUAUCUCCAGAAGCUUAUGUUGACACCUUGGAAGACCUUUAUGCAAAGGCCUCACCAAAAAAAUUAGCGGAGAUUGAAAAACGAGGGAAUGUGUCUAAUAAUGAAGUUGAUAAGCUCAUUUCGAAAAACCUCAAAAAAAGAAUAGCAGAAACCAAGAAUCGA